CCUCAAAUGGGGUUCACAGCUAUAGCCGUGGAUCUAGUGACCACAAAAAAUCGAAGUGGUUCCGAAGGAAAAUAAGAACAAGACGAGAAGCUUACAGUGAAUCGUCUUGGAUUUCGGAGAAAGGCAAGGGACGAAGCAGCGAAGAUGACGAGAGGGAAGCAGAAGAUCGAAGCCCAGAAACGAAACGCUGAGAAAAACCAGAAACAAAAGGGGUCCCAGUUUGAAGCAAGAGCUGUGGCUCUCAAAAUCACAUGCCCCAUCUGCAAGGUGCAACUGGCAAAUCAGAACCAACUUGGAGACCACUAUGCUUCCAAACAUCCGAAGGAAAGGCCACCUAGUGACUCAGGAAUAAAUAAGCUUUGGCCAAAAAUAAGGAAAAUUGUAGAAAUAUGUACUGUUAGAUGGCUAUGGCCCUGUUGGUAGCAGGUCCUUUGGAGAGGCUGUUUCCUCCAUUGAUGGUGUAGGAAGCUUUCCUUCGUGAGGGUUAGUUCUGCCGUGUGAAGGAUUGAUUUGGUCGAGCUCUUGAAUAGGUGGGGUAUCUACCUGAUGUUAGGAUUGAUUGUGUUCUUGAUUUAGGCUAAGGCCACAUAUGAGAGGAGGGGGAAUAGGUACCUAUCUUAACACUCUGUUUUCUGAUAAAAAUCUACUUUUGACUCAGUUGGAAGCCUCUUUCUCCAUUUCGCCUAUAUGUGUCCUGUGUAAGUCAUGAUCGGUUAUUCUCAUCUUUGGAUAUACGGGAGUUCUUUGGAUGAGGCCCAUGUUAACUUAAGUGGAUAUAUCAAGUCCUAUGGCUGACCAUGUAUGGGCUUCCUAGUCCUUGUUAUACAGAGUUGAUUGCUUUUACUUUAUUUCAAAUCAUUGAUUUGACAUUUCUUAGUAUUGGAUUGGAUUGAAAUCAAGAUGUGGUAUACAAUGA